CCUAGCUGGCGAUCGCGUAAGGCGGACUCUUCUUCGUCAUCACCCUGACCAAAACUAAAGCCGAAGUUACCAUUGUUAGAGCAUGGCACGGUAGGAUGGGCCCUGAAGGAGUACUCGUAUCGGUUCUGCUCCUUGUUGCUGCCGAGGCUACCAAGGUCUCCCGAGGGGACGAGCGAUCCAACGAGGCAGUUUUCAAAAAACUUAAAACAAGCCAGGUUCUGUCCAAUUCGACGCUUGAAAUCCGUAAAGUGAAGUCCCCGACUGAAUGCGCCAUAAACUGCAUGAGUCACCAGCAAUGCCAAUCAUUCAACUACCAGGAGGGUGGAAGUACGCAUGCGUGCGAGUUGACGAGCAAACCCGCAAGCGAAACCACCAAGGAAGACUUCAAAUGCAAAGCCGGCUAUAGCUAUUAUGGAGUUGGCGAUAAGGUCUCUCAGCUUUGUUCAAGGUCCUCGUGCAAAAACGGUGGAACAUGCGUAGAAACUGCGUGUAAUUACAAGUGUCUUUGUGGCUCAGACACGUAUGGCAAGGAUUGUUCUCUCUGGAAAGACGGCUUAGACGGGUAUGAACUACUCUUUCGCCAACCCUUUGGGUAUUCUAUACAAGACGUCAGUAACGAAGACCUUUCCGCCUUCACAAUCUGUUUCUGGGCCCUCUUCAACGGCGAUGGCUACAGCACUUUUGCAGUUUUCUCAUACUCAGUUCCGUUACAGCCAAAAUCAAUAGUACUUGAACGUGUACAAUCCAACAGUGUGCUAACAAUUGUUGGCCAAAAAAAACUGUUCUGGGAAUCACCGUUUUAUUCUAACUUCGAAUUGACUCAUUACUGCAUCAAAUGGAAUAGUACCGGCGGAGUGUGGACUGUCUACGUCAAUGGGGCCAAAAUGGCAGGUGGAUCCAAUCUCCAGUCAAAUGCUGUUAUUCCAGGGAAUGGGAAGUUUGUUCUUGGCAGAGGCGUGGCUUCCAUGACAGGAAAUGAAUUUGGUUUCACGGCAGAUGGGUUUGAGGGAAUCAUUAGUGAUUUGAACAUGUGGGACCACGAGCUAGAAAUCGAGCAGAUCAAGCAAGUUUUUAAUUGCAAAAACCUGACAGGAAAUGUGAUUGAAUGGAGAGGAUUCAAGAGCAAUGUACAAGGAGAAGCCAUUUCUUUGCCAGCAAAAUGUCCUAAUAAUGAUAAUGAAACUCGCUAUGCACUCGUGUUUGCGAAUAAAUCCAGCAAAAGCUCUCUUCAAUACAAAGACAUUCCCAUACUGAAAGAGUUUUACUUGACAUUUUGGAUAAGGACUAGUGACUCAAGUGUGAUCACCAUUUUCUCCUAUACCACUGACGAGGGCGUGGUACUACUAUCCAUCAAAUUUGAUCUUCGAAACAAUCUGAUAAACAUGGAUCUUCUCAGUCAGGCAGUGCAAAGAGAUUAUACCGACAUCGCGAAGUUGCAAGACGGCGAGUGGCAUUACAUUGUUGUAACUUUAAUUCGCGGGUAUUUAUAUGUCUACCUCGAUAGAAACUCGGUGGCUUACUUUUACAAUUCUGAAUUGAGUGAGAAAGGAAUACCCGCCAACGCCACGCUUCACAUUGGGCAAUAUAUAAAUAGCACAGGAAUUCAUGAAUCGGAAGGGUUUGUCGGAAUGCUAGAAGGAUUGACCGUUUUGGACGUAUAUAAGCACUAUACUCGUCCUGUCUGUACGAACAUCGGUAACGCCCUUACAUGGAAGCAGGUCUUGCAGUUACCACGACGAGGGAAUAUCAGCGCUACCCAGAUCGGGGGAUGCAAACCAAGUCAACAUUCAAAAGACUUUUCUAUGUAUUUUCCACGGAAAUCAGCAGACGACUAUUUGACCAUGGCAAUCCCUCUUAACUACCGUAAUAGCGUGUGUUUCUGGGCGCAGACGAAUGUCGGUGAUGUUGCCUUCUUCAGCUAUCAGGGUCCUCUUGGACUCGAAAUGGCCUUGGUAUCCGGAAAACGUUUAGAGAUGACGUACCUUGUAAAAGGAAAGUCACAAACAGAUUCUAGAACAUGGUUCGGUGAUAGCCUAUGGCAUCAUAUGUGCACCACCUGGAGUUUUAGUAAGACUUAUCCAAGAAAUCAUCUAUUUUACGACGGAGCGAUGAGGGCCUCUUAUGAUGAUUUAAGCAGUUCUGGCAAAGUAAUGGGCAAGGGCAAUUUUAGCAUUGGAAAAGUAGAUUUUGGUAAUGGGACCAUUUCGAGUUUUACUGGCAACAUCACCAGGUUCAAUGUUUGGACAUUGUACAUUUCGUUGGAGUUUAUCCACAACAUGGCGACCUUGGUUGAAGAUGGCGAUGGUCAAUUCCAUGAGUUAUCAUGGGCAAACUUUGCAAGUCACGUGUCAGGAGACAUAAAGAUUAUUGACCAAGACGAUCUUAUGAGCGUAAAAGCGCAAGAGAAUAACUAUGAAGUAGUUUUCCAUUCUAAAUCCGAGGAGAAUUACGUGAAGUACGUGGGUAUGUCGAACCUCCUUGCACUCACUUUGUGCCUGUGGGCGUGGUCGAGUGGGAGCACAGACGGGAAGCUCUUCGCGUACUCCGACGGGCAAGGAAUAGAGAUGGGAAUGGGCAUCGAUAAUGCUACAAUUCGCUUCAGAAUCAACAACAGUAUCCUUCUUAACAUUACUAGCAUGACAGACACGAACACAUCCCUCUGGCAUCACGUGUGCGUUACAUGGGAGGCAAUAAAUGGGGCGUUUACCGCAUACUACGACGGAUAUAAGAAAAAUUCCACAAUUGCCCCUCUCGGUUCGAAGAUAAAUGGAGGAGGGACCAUCCUGCUUGGCCAAAGCUUCAAGGGCAAGAUAUCGCACUUUGACAUAUGGGACAUGGCGAUGGAGAGCGUGUCGGUCGCACAGCUUAGCACGGGCUGCGGAACUUGGUCUGGAAAUGCACUCAACUGGUACACGCUUAGACGCGAUGCCAGUUUCAUUGGCGAUAUAUCGAUCAAGCAAUUUUCGUCAUGUGAUCUUCCUGGGCUGGUUGUUCUGUCAAGCCGCAAUGAGCACUGUGAAAAGUUUCAAGUCUGUAAUGCAAAACCACGGGCUUUGUUUGACGUCGGACGUGACGGCACGGGCAGGAAGUGGCGAUGCUACGCCCCAUCUGCAGUUACCAAGACAACCCUCAACCAAGGCGUCAAGUACAACGUAGCUUUGAACAGUACCUGUUAUCGCGAUGAAAAUGAAGCCCUCGUGAAGAUAAACGACUAGCAAGCCUCACGUAAACAGUGCCAACACAUAUUGCUGGGACGCUACCGUGCUAGCAUUAUCUGGGACUAUGGGAAAUGCGAGUGUGUUAGGGGGCACUCGUUACUUGCAAGUGUUACUCACCCGGGAGGAGUACCAUUCUAACACGUCACUUAGUAUCCGAGCAUCAUGUGUAGCACGAAGAGUACGCAGCACAAUGAGUAAACAUCGACCCGGAUUUCUAGAGAGCUUCUUGCACCGCUGAAAGGCCAAAAGCGCGAUGAACUAAAAGAGCUAGUAUAGCUGCUCAUACUAUUACUUCAGUUUGACUAGCCACGGAACCCAGGGCAAAACAAUGCAAGCAAGAAAAAAACACUUUUUCCCCACUAUAUUGGUGCUGUUUACAAAAGGCUUGAGUGGCGCAUGCGCAAUGCAGAGGUAAAACAAAGAUAUAAACUUAACGCUGACCUUAUUUCAAUAAUAAAUAAAUUUAUCAACGACUUUUUUCCUCGAAGCCGUCUGACGCAAUCAAUCACCAAAGCCAAAAUUUUGCGCUUUCCACCUCAGUAAGUUCUUAUUCGUAAAAAUAUGUUACACCUCUGUUUGCUAAGUGCAUUUCUGAUUUUAUUACUCGACCACUUUUAGUAGCCAAGGGGAGCUUUAAACACCUAUUAGAUGUACGAGAAAAGUUAUUAAGUCGGAAAGACAUUCGGUUUUUACUAUAUUUCCAUUCAUUACUCUCCAUUUAUAGCCUGUUAGCCGGCUCUUCUGAAAUCCUGUAGAAGGGAUUCGGUCUUUUCACAUGUCCCCCUUAUCCGUUUGUUAAUGCAACUUAUAAUAUACCGAACAGAAUAUGUCUCGUCGUAUUGUAAGAAGCCGUCAGGAAAUAGACCCAUUAUCCUACUUACAUUCAACUGUAGUGCUUAUAAUAUUGUCCCAGGCGUUUAUACCCGGAUUUUGGGUCGGGUGUCCGGUGAUGGGUAAGAGUGGUGACACAGGAAACCCUUGCUCUGUUCCCGGUUAAUCUCCGAGACAGGUAACCGGGUAGCCUCCUCCGCAGGCAACUCAUAAUGAAAAGGACGGAAAGAAUGGGUUACUUGUGGUGAAAUUGCGGAAGAGGGAGACUAAGGAGAAGUAGAGAGGGAAAUCAGUGCUUCCGGUUUGUCACUUCCGUUUUUUUGCCACAGGAAACCCAAUCCUUUUUUUCUUUUAUGGUCUUUGAGGUGCCUGCGGAGGAGGCUAGUAACCGGGUAAGAUCGCCUGGCACUUAGCUGAUGACACAUGAUUUCCAGAGGCAGAGUUAUAAUACUAGAGUCGGCUGGUCAAUUAUCAAAACCGCAGCUUGACUAAAGCCCUCGGUAUUCAGGUUUAGUGACCAUAGGCACUCUAAAUACACAAUUGCUUUCUGAAGUAUAUGCUGUUACCAGGGAAAAUAAGACGUUCAGUGUGGUGACUAGUGGUUUGACGGAUUGGUGAAAUCUUAACGGAUAAGGGCGGCCCCUAGCCCCGCUAGAAAUCCACCUAGGUCGAGUAACAGCACAUAUACGGAAAGCAAAGAGUGAUAUCAGCACAAGAUAUAUCAUACGCGCGCACCUAGGCUGAAGGGUGUGUGCAGUCAUGCGUAUCAAUAUUUGAAUAAGGAAAGGAUUUGACGACCCUAAAUGACCUGUUUGGAUAUUUACCUGAGCGAGAAUAAAACUACGCGUGAUGGGCGGCCAGUGUUGAACAAGAUGACUGCGCACGCAUCCCCCCUGUGUAAGCGCUUGGAGCACUCACAAAAAUAACAAUGUAUAGGACGGAAAGAGAAGGCCUAACGUGAGCUGUACCUUUUUGUGAAAUACAAUAAAAAUAUACACCACCCCA